AUGUUCAGGUACCAAGAUUCCUUCCUUGCGGCCAUGUAUCAAACACCGCAAUACGUACAGAAUAAUCAGCUUCUGCUACCACCUCCACCUCAUUAUAGUUCUCACUUCAUGGAAGAGAGCAGAAUUUGCAACCCCUCACAGCCUUGCUUCAUGGCCAAACAAUCCACAGCCUACAGUCAAUCUGCAGCAGAGACAUUUAGCUCAAACGUCCACGGAUCUCAACUGCCUUUUAACUUCGGAUCAGACCAAAGAACACUGAUACCUCAGACUUCCUCUGCUAAGCUUAACAUCUCUGGUAAGCUUCGUUGAAAUACACCUCAUUAAUGAUUUCUAGAAUUGUUUGACAGACAAUUAAGAACUUCUUGGCUUUUUUCCCCGUCAAAUGCUAACUCCGUUACGACUUAAGAGUCGUUUGCGCUCAGCCUUUAGUUUAUUUGUGGUUUAUCAAGAGCUCGUUAAAUUUCGAUUUUGUCACGAGAGGCACGGGCUACUGAGGAAAACUAGGAAAUAAUGGUUGAUGAUAAUGCCAUGUUAAUCAUAUCCUUAGACAUUUAAUUAAUGUUCUGACGCCUGGUCUUACUUAGCGAGUAAGAUGCUGUCAGCAACCAGUACGCAGGUUACAGCGAAGCUUGAACUCUACAAUGUUUUAACUGAAUUUUCCGUGACAGUUCAGGAAAGUAUUUUCUUCUUCCUUAUGUAUUCUUAGAAUCCAUAAAGAGUAAGAGGAAGAAAUGUCUUUCUCACGACGCAGUGAAAAACUAUUUUUGAAUCAGUUCCUGAGGGCACCAAAAAGAGAAACUGACGAAAGCGAGUUUCAAAUGAUCAUUUUGUUUUCGGGUUAAAAAGGAAAUAAAUAUGCUAUUAAAAGCUUUCGUUCAUUUGACACUAAGUUUUUAUAACCAUACGCAAUGAAUUUUUUCAGUAAUACGCCGCAAUAUUUUGAACGACAAAAUAUACUGAUUAGAGAUGCUUUAACAUGUAUAACCUAGUUUGGAGGCCAUUGAAAAGCUCACCUAAAUUUCUGAAAUAGUUAAAUAAGCUUUUAAAUAAUUCUUGGAGGCUUUUAUUAGCCAUAAAAGAUAUCCCUCCACAGAGCCCUGCACAUUUGAAGAAUUCGCUUCCCCAUGGUGAACUUUCGUUGUUUUUUCCUAGAACCUUCUACCAGUUCAGAGAUAAUGCACCACCCUAUUCCAGUUUACUUCCGCGUAAAACCGAAUCUACGAACUCCAAGCGGCAAAAGAUGUCGAAAAUCACGUACCGUUUUUACGGAUCUGCAACUGCGUGUCCUGGAGAAAACCUUUUCAGAGCAGAGAUACUUGGAUUCAACAAAUCGAGCAAAGCUUUCGCAUAUUCUUUGCUUGAACGAAGCGCAAGUGAAAACUUGGUUCCAAAAUAGAAGGAUGAAAUGGAAAAAGAAAGCACAGAAAGCGGAAAAACCUGAUAGCUCGACCACGGUCAAGAAAACAGACAAAAAAGAGCCAGCUCUGGAAGAGAACGGAGAAGGAAACACCAACAAAUGAACACGUAAAAAUUUCCCAAAAUUAUUUUCAAGUUAGAAACUAAAAGAUACAAUAAGAGAGAAUUCGUAACUUAACCUUCUACAAUCAUUUACUGUAACUAAUUAUAAAUGUGGAAACAGAUACCAGUGUAACUUAGACAUGAUAGCGCUAAUUUUACGGAAGUCGAGGGAGACGUUGGGAAAUUGGCAAAAGUAAAGUUACAGUUUUGUAUCAGAUAAAAAAAAUUAUCAGUCGAGCAAAUCUGCAAAAGAAGAACAAAAUUAAAAACACUUUCCUUUAUCUGUGCUGGCGGGCCCCGUCUUUCAUCUUUAAAAAGCAAAUAAUUAGGACACUUAAGAAGAUCACGUCACAACAGUUGUGAAUGUCAAAAAAAUUACUGAGAAAAAAAAAAGAUAAAGUAACAUUUUGUAGUUAGGUUACUACUCAAAAAUCAAUUUUGGGAAAAAGGAAACUGUAGAAAACGCCCUUUCAGUCCCUAGGAGAGUUAUCCUUCCUUUGAAAGGAACUGUUAGCGUGAGCAGCGGACGAAAGUUUAUUAGUAUUUGUAAAUAUCAACUUUAGACGUUUCCUGAUCUAAAGAAAUAUAUAAAUGAUGAAGUGAUUUAUGCCUGCUAAAGUUGCCGCGCAUAUUUUUGUUAAGAAACAAAAAAGAAUGAAAGAACUUGGGUGGUGUAGAAUAAUAAAAAGAGUGGACCUUCGACGUGUGUCCAUCCGACCCUCUUGGACUAGGGUCAAAAGAAAUUUCACUAUGUAGAUAGGACGAAAACGACACACGUUAAUCCCUUUUUAUUACAGCUAGAUCGAAGAUCUAAAUGAAACACAGAGAAAC